AUGAUUGUGGUGGUGUGGAGCAUAGCGUUAGUGGUAUCCCUGUCACCACAGAUCCCUCAAUUCAAAGAUCCAGACUACCUCCAUAGGAUUCACGUGAAAAAACAAUGCUUGGUCAGCCAAGACGUCAAAUAUCAAAUAUUCGCUACCAGUUCCACGUUCUAUGUUCCUUUACUAGUCAUUUUCAUUUUGUAUUGGAAAAUAUUCCAGACUGCCAGAAAGAGAAUCAGACGAAGAAAAGAAGGCAGCUCGCAGAUUGACAAGCAUCCAUCAGGAAAGGGCAGCCAUCACCGCAACGGUAAAGUAACGAAGAGCCUGCUAGCCAAACGCAAAUUCCUCAACAUAAAGAGAUACACGGAGAAAAAGUCUUCAGCAGCCGACGCGCUUGUCAACUCUCUGGUCAUGAUGGAAGGCCAGUCUACCACAACGACGAUGGAAAUCGUGGAUGAGCAAGAGGACUGCAAGGACAAAGAGGCGACCACUGCCUUCACUAUUUCGAAGCAAAUCGUUCAAGGUCAGAACUCAGAAUAA